UAAAAAGACACCAAAAAAAUAGGGAGCGAUUGGCGGCCAUCAAGGACGAAGUCGCUACAAGUCAUAGCCAUUCGGGCUGCUAAGUUGCGAGGCGAUAAACCUGACGAACACGGGUUGAAAGUAAGCCAGUCUUCAACUGACAAAAACAAAACUAUUCGACAGCAUAUCAUGAUGGUUAACACAUUCUGGAGAGGAGACACAACAAAGGUUAUCCUGCUACAAGUUCUUGUUGCCAAUUCUCUACUGCACUUCUCGUCAGUCACGGGCGAUGCUGCAACAUGUAACACCAAAUCUGUUAUACCUGAAGUUAAAAUCUUCUCAAGUCCGCCAAACCACACGCAACCUAUCGGAGCAGCCAUUAAUCUGACCUGUGAAGCGCGACCAAGGGAUGAAGACGUGCUUCUUCCCAGGAGAAGGGUCAAGUAUAUUCAGUGGUAUGAUCCCCAUGGGAGACCAGUUGGAGUCAAAUGCCAAAACUCAAGACUAGUAAAGAAACUGAAAUGUCUGUUAAUUCUUAAGAAUCUGAUCGUAGAAAACUUCGGGAACUACACUUGUGAAGCAGAAAAUGACUAUGCUGGAUACUGCAGAAGAAAAUCCAUUGAAAUUCUCCCUAAAGAAAACUUAAGUCCACCUGAGACAACAAAGGCACCCCAUCUUCUAUUUCCUAAGGUGGUUGAAAACCCAAAGAACCAAAGCGCUUUCAUUGGCUCCAAUGUAACUUUUAACUGUACUGCCAUGGGUCUUCCAACACCAGCCAUCUCAUGGAUGAAGAACAACAAUUCAUAUGCAGUAACAUCCAAUGUGAGAGCCAGGGUUGUUUCAGAUAACAAAAAUAAUCACAGUCAGCUGAUAAUAACGGAAGUGAAGAUAGAAGAUAAUGGCAAAUAUCAGUGCGUUGCAAGCAACAGUGCUGGUGAGAGGACAUCGUCAGCGGCUUUCUUGUACAUAAAAGAGUUAGAAUCCAAAAUAAACCAAGAGUCAGAAAAGGAAAAAUGCUCAACCUCCCCCCACAUUAGUUUCUCCACUUUAUCUUACGCUAUAAUUGCUACCUUCGUCGGUACCUUCAUUGGUGGAAUAUGUGUGGGGUUUUGGUUCAGAACUAUCAGACGCCGUGGAAAGAUCACUUUACAUUCUGCAGACGACUGUGAGCAGGAAAUGAACGAAUUUAAACAGAUCAAGUAG